GGUUGACUCUGCGUCUAUUUUAUAACACGUGUGGAAUACUUAUGUGGAAAGCUGUUUAACGGUUUCAUUGGUACCGGAUAUGACAUAAGUUCAAGGCUAACGUGGCACCGGAAGUGUAAUAAGUUCAUGGGUAACCUGGCGCCAGUGAAACCCGUCAUUACUGCAUCGCAGUUCUAGUCAGAUUUAUUUUGGUGACUAUGAUAUGAUUACAAGACCGUUUCAUUUCAAUGUUAGCCAUACCUUCUCAUAUUAGCUGGCAAAACAAACGUAAUAUGGAAGAAUGUGAAAAGCAAAGACAAGACCCUGGUAUUAUCAAAUCUGACAGCUCUGUGGACAAUUCUUCGCACAUCACGGCUAAAGAUUCGUCUUGUAAAUGCGAUGGAAUUGCAACAUGUACAGAUGCUCAUUUACUCUGUCAUAAUACAGGAGUGUGUGAUGGCGACCAGGCGAAAUUGGCUGUAACGACCAUUGGGAAAUCGGAUCUACCUCAAACUAUCGCGGAUCCGAAGCACGAGGACGGAGAAACGGCUGAAAAGCUCGACGAAUCGCCACAAUCAACUGUAAGUAAACCCGGAGAUGCUUUUGUACCAAACCCUUGGGCAGAAGAAUUUGAAAAGCUGAAACAAGAAAACGAAGAGCUAAAACAAAAAAACGAAGAAAACGAAGAGCUAAAACAAAAAAACGAAGAGCUAAAACAAAAAAACGAAAUGCUAAUACAAGAGAAGGGUAGAACAAACGACGUUAAACAAGGCUCGCGACCCGUUAUAAUACCAUUAAAAGAACGAGGGGGUAUGAUGGCAGAAAAAGAUCGAGUGAAGUUUAUUGUCCACAUGCCGUUUCUUAUUGAAGAAUUACACCCAGAAAAUCUGAUUACCAUGAUGUUUUCAAAGUUUCUUAUUAACGACGACGACGUAGAAAAACUUAGAAAAAUACUGGAGAAUCAGGGCAGAAAAAGGUGUGCCGAAAAAAUGCUAUUCAUGUUAUUGAGGUGUGGCAGAUAUGCGUACACAAUUUUCCUGAAAUGUUUAGAACUAACGGAUUAUAGAAAUGUUAUCAAGAAACUAGAACCCAACUGUGAAGUGUUUGGGGGCAUCAUUAAAUUACCUGAUCACCAUUGUCACGAACUGAUCACAAAAGACCAUCCAAAACAUAAAGAGUUUAUGAAAAAGGUAGAAGGAGAUUUAGAAGAUAUAUACGAUUCAACGGAAUUACUAGUCAUUACAGAAUUGACUAAGGGCUGUGUUCAGGUCACGUUCCGUCUGAUAUCACUGGGUUCAAAGAGUGAAAGCGAACUUCGUGAAGUUUUGGAAUCGAAGGUGAAAUCUGGAUAUAUUGGUGAUAACAAAGUAUCAACAGAGGGAUUUUCAUUUAAUAAAAUUGAUGGAGUCCGGAUUUAAAGGAGUCUAAUGAUGGACAGGAUCUAAGUUUUUCUGGUAGCGAGUUCCACAAAUUGGCAGCAACAACACCAAAUGAUGAGCGAGCUCCAAAGGAGCUGAGUUUAUAUUUUGGGACAACAAUGUUGUUCUUAGUACUUUAUUUUAGACUUUUUGGUGGCAUGUAAGGCAAUGGCGAGGAAAUGGUUGCUGACAGAAAUGGGAUUCAAGAUUUGCAACUCGUAACCCAGGAAAACUUUAGUCAACUAAAAGAAAAGAUUGAUGAAUUGCAGGGGUUUAAUUUGAGAUUGCUACAACAUAUUGCUGAAUUAGAAACAGAACUUGAAGAAGAUGAGAAGAACUAUAACGAAAGACUGAUACACCUUCAGAAUGAAAACCAAACCUUGAAGCUGAAAAUACAUGAGCUGCACAUUGAAAACGGGGCGAUAAAAGACUCAUCUGCCAAACUCCAAGAUGCUGACGAAAAAGAAGCCGUUCCAGACGAGGACCAUAUAAAAUUGGUAAAGCAACGUCGUAAAGAGUUUGUUGAUGAAGUAGAAGGCAACAUAGAAGGUUUAUACCCACAAUCUAAGACAUGUGUCGUCGUCACGAAUGCACAAAUAAG